CUUGUCUAGACAACGCUGAUACUAUGGAGGUAUUUCAAAAUAAACUUGCCAGUUUAGUCAUCGUUGAUACACAGAUGAGACCUCCAUUGACAAUUACACACAUGAUUGAGUUCUUUCAAGAGAUCCAUGGCAAGACAGCAUUCGUGGAUUUUCCUAAUACGGAUGUGGAUGUUUGUUUAUGCAAAUGGGAAAACUCCAGAUGUUCUGGUAACCUGCAUGUUUUCAGAAGACUGCAUUCUUCCAUGCCUCUUUGAACCAGUUGGAGAUGAGAUCAUAUACUGGUUCAGACAGAAUGUUCUCCUCCACACUUUUAAACAAGAAAGUGGCAUUCUGGACCAGCCAGACAAACGUUACACUGGCAGAACGUCACUUUCUAAUGACACGAUUCCCUUCGGUAACGCGUCUUUACAUAUUCAAAAAAGCGGCCCGCAAGAUAGAGGGAGAUACAGGUGUCUUGUCACCAGCGGUCGAGAGACGAGUGAGCACUCCAUCACAGUUAGAGUAAAAGCCCCUAUCGAGUCGGUAAACAUGGAGACAACAUGGCUCAGCGGUUACGAGGAAGUCAAAUGCUCUGCCCGAGAUGUCUAUCCCGCUCCUCGUGUAACACUGUUCACCGAGCCGCCUGUUCUCCCCGACGGCCUUCAAACUGACACCCGCAAAACGGCCGACAAGCAGGGCUUAUACAGAGUAGACAGUAAAAUCAGAAAGCUGGAAAAUCAGGCCGAUCUAACCUACAUCUGUCUGGUUCAAUCAUUCUACGGGCCUCAGAUAUGGAGGACAUCGCUGCAGGAAAAAGAAAUGUACAGCGUGGAGGGUAAGGACUUCAUCAUCCCCUGCGUGGCUCCAUGGAUUCUGGACAACUUUACACUGACAUGGUCCUUCGCCAAAGAACACAAGUCAUCAGUCAUCUACACAUAUGACAGCAUCACGCACCUCGGCUUUAGUGUUUGGGAGGAGAGGAUUCGACUUGUGCCCCCUAGUGGCCAAAGAGGGAAUGGCUCUCUACAGCUACACAACCCAAUGAGAACGGAGCACACUGGCAUCUACACAUGCGUCCUGUCUUCCUUCCAGACUAAACAUGUGGUCCACACUAGAGUCAACAUCAUUCCAAUGACGGCUAAAAGGCUGCCCAAGAGCUCCCCGCAGAGGAUCACUGCUGCUAUAAUCACAGGCCUGACUGUCACUGCUGUCGUAAUCGGUUUAGCAAUUUUAAAAUGGAAAGCAGUUAGUAGGACACGGUCAAAUAAAACCCAUGAGGAGGCUACAGAGAUGCACCCAACGAAAGAUGCAAACAGUGGAGAUCCUUCAGAGACCAUCUGCUUAUCAGAAGAGACAGAAAAAGAGUCAAACAUGACAUGAUGGAGAGUAGGCAGUGGAAUCAUUUGGUUUAGUGUUUAUAUCUCUAUAGAGCUUCUCAGAUAGAAAGAUGACAUUGAUACACACUAUUGUGCUUUUCUUCAUUUUUCAAUUAUGUUAAAGAAAAAGUACAAAAGCUGAAGGGAAGUAUAAAAACAUGAGAUAAUGUUGCUUCAGUCUGUGUUGAUGUUGUUGAUGUGGAAACAGUGAUUUAACAUUGCUUAAGUGCUUGUUUUGCAAACUGGGCUUCCUUUAAUUGCUGAUCUCGUGUGGCAUUCUACUGAGAAAUUAUAUUUUUUAAGGAUGUCUAAAUAAAUAUAUAGAGCUGUACGUAUAAUAAUGUAUAAUAAUCUUCUUUUAUGAAGCAAGAUAGGGCUAAACCCUUACCAAAACGGAUUAAUCAUAACAUUUGCAGUUGCUUUAAUUAUAUUGUUUCUCUAUUAUAAAUCGUACAUUUUUGAUUUGCAAAUCAUCUGACCCAAGAAAAACUUCUGGAUGCCAUUCUGCGUAUGAUGACCAAUAACUGUGAUAGUUUGAAAUGUUUUUUACUUUGACUUGGGCUAUUAGUUGUUGUGAAUUAUUGAUGUGGAGCAAUGCAUUGUUUUUAUAUUGUAAAGUGAUCUUCUGUUAGACAUUAAGAUGCCAAAACUGUAAAUAGAUGUUUAAAAAUGGAUACCCAUUUAAUUAUAUGCUUCUGUUAAGGUAUGAAAUCGUGUCUAUGGAGAGAAAAAAAAACGUAAUAAAAUGAAAUGACAAAUAUCAAGCAGUAGAUGGCAGAAAACUAACUUCACAGUACUUCAUGCAUUUUAAGAGAGCUUCAGUAUGGGCGGCGCACCUUUGGAACGGGCAACAAGUUCAACAAGUUAGUCUGAACUAGCCUAUAUGGAUAGGCUUUUUGUUUCAUUGUGUAGUUCUCCCUAUUAAAAUGAAAGCAAACGUUGCGAUUUGUAUCCAUCAACAAAUUCCUUUCUAGGACUUUAUUUAUUUGAUUAUGAAGCUGGUGACUUGGACUUUAAACUUUCUUUGGAUUCUUCCCUUAAUUCUGAGUAAAGAAAUUGCUAUCACUUGUUUUUACACUGAGGAGUGUUUGUUACCAUGUCAAUCAACAUACUACGACAUCAUUCACUGGUACAAGGGGCAAAAAGCAAUGCAUUCAUUCUAUCAGGGCAAAGACCAACUGGCGUAUCAAGCCGGAGAAUACAAGGGGCAGAACAUCACUGCCCACACAAUCCGAAAUCAAGAAGGCGAUGUAUCACUCUUGUUAAAACACAUGCAAAUCCAAGAUGAAGGGAAAUACAAGUGUUACGGUGCAAGCGACACAUUAAAUGAAGAGAAUUUUGUACUCGUCUCUGUAGAAGCUCCUGUGAAAUCGGUUGAUAUCACAAUAAAAGCUGACACAGUCAUCUGCGGCACCACUGGAGUUUACCCAAAACCAACCGUGUCGUGGUCCUCAGACCCCCCAGCAAACAACCCAUUGUCAAAUUACAACGAGACAGACAAAAAACUGUUUGUGGUGACCAGCGAACUUAAGAUAGGCAACAUCAACGACAUCUACACAUAUAACUGCUCAAUGAAAGAUCUAAAUGACAAGAACCUUUAUACAGCUAGUCUGAAC